AUCUGGCAACCUAAAUUGCUACGAGUUUUAAAUGUAAAUAUAAACACACGUGUGUUAAGUUCGAAGGAAUGCUAACAUAAACAAUUUUAUCUUGCAGCAUAAACCAGUAAAAACUCUCUUUAGCUUCAUUGUGAGUCAAAUAAAUGCCAAUGAUUUAGAAAUAUCAUCUUAUUUUUUUUAGUAAUAUGGCAUUUCAUAGAGCUAAUAAAAAUAGACCAAGAGAAGAAUCUUCAAAAGUUCCUGUCCCAGUGUUUCGAGAAGUAUUCCAAAUAAAAAAGAAGCAUCAUCGAGAUCCACGGUUUGAUGAUUUAUCGGGAUCUUUCAAUAGCGAAGAAUUUGAAGAAAAUUAUUCAUUUAUUAAUGAUAUCAAAAAAAGGGAGAAAGAGGAACUCGAAAAAGAAUUGAAAACUGUUGGUGAUAAUGAAGAAAGAAGAAAACAAAUUUUGUAUCUUUUACAGAGAAUGAAAAAUCAAGAAAAGACCAAAAAGUUGCUUGAGCAACAGAAGGCUGAGCGUGAAAAGGAACGAGAAGAAAUUAUGGAAGCAGCCAAAAGUGGAAAGAAGCCUUAUAUUCCCAAAAAGUCGGAAAUAAAGAAGAAGAAGCUAAUUGAAUCUUAUCAAGCUUUGAAGAAAAGUGGAAAACUUGAGAAAUAUUUGGAAAGAAAGAGAAAGAAGCAAUUUUCUAAAGAUACAAAACGAUUUUAUAAAUAAAUGUACAUAAUUUUGAAUUAGAUCUAAAUAUAAAAAUUAUUAGCACAA